CUGAAGGGAGCAAGCAAAAUUUUCCGUUUGAAUUUUUAUUUAAUAAUCUAGAAAAUCCAACAAAAAUCCAAAAAGAUGUAUCAAAUGUCAAGAGUUGGACCCGGACCAGCUUAUUACGUGCUCCCUCCGACGAUCGGCUUCGCACAGCAUGACGUCCGUAAGGAUCGCAGGCCCAUGUUUACCAUGCGAGCGAGACUUACAACGCGCUACGACACCCUCGGACCUGGUCCCGCAUACCAUCCCGGCAAGAUGACUCGAGACGGUCCACCGCGUAAUCCGAUGUACUCACUCGGCACGCCAUACAAACAGCCCACUCCGGAUAACGUUCCUGGACCGGGUGCGCACCACAUUGAACUUGUCCCAUCCAUGAAGGGCAAUCGAGCUCCGGCGUUCUCGUUAGGCGAGCGAUUGAAAGACUCCAACCGGGACAACAUUCCCGGUCCGGAUCACUACGCUUACAACCUGAACGUCUACAAGCAUCGCAAUCCAGCAUACAGCAUGCAAAGCCGGACCACCCCGCCGAACGCUUCGGAAGGACCCGGCCCGAAUCACUAUGGCCCCUUGGAUCGAAACAUCACCCACAAUCGAAGCCCAAGGUUUUCGAUGGGACUUGCCUGCUCCGUCAUGGGAGACAGGUGCCCCAAACCGGGUCCCAAUCGGUACGAUUUGACGAACCUCAAGCCGGGGACUUCUGCGCCGCAGUACACCUUCGGUUAUCGACACUCGAUGUGGAAUCCGCCGAUGAUCAUCCCGGGUGAUAAUUGCUGAACAAUAAAGUU